GGGAACACUUUAAUAUGCACGUGUGUCGCGUGUAUCGCGUUUACCUUGCCAGCUGAACUUCCGCGUAACAGGAACAGGAUUGGGCCAGGCGUUUGUACCGCGACUGUCAAUAAGACGAGGCGUAACAACUGCCAAAUCACUCGUCACCCAACAUCUCACCUCAUCAUCCUCAUGGUCUCCGAAUAGAGCCCCUAACACUUCGGUGGUAACCCUAAGACCCUGUGGAACAACACCCAAUCACACUCCAACCACUCGCCCGUCAAUCUGGAUUCAUCAAGUCUCUCUGCUGGGUUGCCAGCUCAAUAUUGCGACGCCGUUGACACAAUGGGCCACGAUCUCUACCAAACGGCUCGGGAACCUCAACAGCCCGAGCAGCAAGACGACUCCAUGGGGGGUCUCGAGCAAUCACAGACAUCAACACCACAGUCCAGCCAUGAUGUUCGACACCAACAAUCCCAGCCUGACCCUUCGGGCCACGAAUUUCGCCAUCAACAAUCUCAAUCCGACCCUUCGGCAUUCCAGUCAUCUUACCAGCCUCAACAACAGCUCUAUGAACAGCAAAUGAAUGCCGACCCUGGCGAACCCCGCUUCCCUGCUCCACAGGCCCCGGCAAACACCAUCCCGCGCCCUACUUCUGGCCUCUCGGGCGGGGGUGACCGAUAUGGGAAUAUGGGAACCACCUACCAGGAACAAAACUCUCGCGGUUCAUCUACCGCUGCGACAGAUACGGGCCGGAACAAGAACAGCGUGGUGAUCAAGGUCGGAAUGGUUGGGGAUGCGCAGAUUGGCAAGACCUCCCUCAUGGUGAAGUAUGUCGAAGGCUCCUGGGACGAGGACUACAUUCAGACGCUGGGUGUGAACUUUAUGGAGAAGACGAUUUCAAUCCGCAACACAGAGAUUACGUUCUCGAUUUGGGAUUUGGGAGGCCAACGAGAGUUCGUAAACAUGCUGCCCCUCGUGUGUAACGACGCCGUGGCAAUUUUGUUCAUGUUCGACUUGACAAGGAAGAGCACGCUGAACAGCAUCAAAGAAUGGUAUCGCCAGGGUCGAGGCUUUAACAAGACGGCAAUUCCGUUCUUGGUGGGAACAAAGUACGACCACUUCGUCAACUUCCCCAGAGAAGACCAAGAGGAGAUCUCUAACCAGGCCCGUCGUUUCGCAAAGGCAAUGCGUGCAAGUCUCAUCUUCAGCAGCACAAGCCACAGCAUCAAUGUUCAGAAGAUCUUCAAAAUAGUUCUUUCCAAGGCAUUCGAUCUGAAGUGCACCAUUCCCGAAAUUGAGAAUAUCGGCGAGCCACUCCUCAUCUACCAAUCAGUCGGUUGAAUGGCCUAGUACCGGUGAAGAGACGAUUGGAUGCGUGAAAUGCUUCAUCAUGGCUGAAACGACCCGAUAUACGAAGGGAUGAGGAACGAGGAGCAUGAUUUAUGGCUGACUGGCUUUAUUGUGGCCCUGUGGAUGCUCUGGAAAUAGUUGACAAAAAUAGUAAGUCACGGGGAUGGAUGUAAAACGCGUCUCUCUCUGGAUAACGUUUUUCUGUAUUCUAUGGCGAGCAAGGGUGCAUUGUCAAUGGAGUUUUAGCUAGUCCAGCAAUAUAGGGGAUAGCUCAGGUUAUUGCAUGGUCCGUUGGGAUGUAACAGUAAUCACAAAUCUCAACGAGAGAAUACAUCAGUAUGUUUCAAUAAAACAGUAUGUAUUCUCUCACUGAGAUUUGUGACAAUGAAACAGUUUCAUUGUCUUGCAAUCAGUGUGCAUUGAUAAAGAAUGAAACCCGC